AUGGUUCUUGGCCUCAUCAGUGCGAUUGCGGCGUGCCCAGCAAUCAUAGGAACAACAGAAGCGGUCCGACACGGCCAGCAGGCCAACGCACGCGAACGCCACCGCGGGGAAAAGUGCAACCUCAUCGUCGAGCUCCCCAUCAAGAAUUCGUACAGCGGUAACUUUGACGGCGCGUUGGUGGUGCUCAAGGAUGGAAAGCUAUACGUACAACACGCCGAAGCCAAACUCGGUCACGUGCACCCCUUUGCCGGGUACUACCUGCCGUACCCCGACAACCAGGUGAAAUGGAAGACGGCGGGCUGGAAGGGCGAGGGACUCGUGUCGACCAUCAACAAGGAAAAUCACCUUAACUGGGUCUAUGUCGAUCGCGAGACGCAAGAGGUGCGAUAUGGCGUCAAAUCGGUCGCCAUGAGCCACCACACCGGACCCUGGGACUGCACGACCGUCGACAAGCGCAUGACAUUUGAGGGAUGGGAAGGAUUCGUCGCUGUGCAAGAGGACGAUGAGCAGUGGGCCCUUUAUUUCGACCGCGACGAAGACGGACUUCAAGGCGAGGGGCUCAUUGGCAGCCAAGGGCCGCGGCGGAUGCUCGAGGUGCAGCUCCGACGGCGCGAGCGGCCAAAAGAGUACGAAACGGCAAUCGACGAGCGCGUAGAGAGGGUUCAGGCAAUGCGAGAGGCGGCCAAGCAGGCAGAGGAAGCCGAAGUAGACAAGGCAUAG